CCUAUGUUGGUAAUGGUAACUGUCAGUGUCAGCUUUAUAAAAUGUGUUGAAAGUAGAUGCUUGUGUAUUGAUUAUAAUUUAAGUGUAGUGCGCAGUUUAUAAAAUUAAUAUUCAAAUUUUAAAUAAAUUAGUAUCUAUGUAAUCUAAUGUAGUAAUACAUGUCGUCCACAAUUCUUCCAGUUUUGACGACUAAAAAACAUUUCCACAUCCACAAAUGCAUAACCUUCUUUGCACUUGACGUUUAUGGAAUAAUAGGAUAAGUUUCAUAAUUACAAUGUUUAUUUCCAAUAUAUUAAUGCAUAUCAGAAAAUUAUGUUGCAUCCUGAAUGAUAUUUAAAAUUAUCAAUUUGGGCAACAUACUCUGAUGCACAAACAAGGCUUUUAAAAUGGGAGGAUCUGUGAGUCAAGUGUUUCAAUCAGGAAGUGCGUUGUUAUCAACGGGGCAUGGUCAUAAAGUCACAGAAUCGACUAAACAAAAAAUUCAGACUGUAUUUGAUGCCCUCAGAGCCAAUCCAAAAAUCAGUGUUCAGAGAUUAGAGGGCCUAUUUCAGCAAAUUCCAAAGAAUGAGAACAUUCUGACAGUUCAUAAUGAUUCAGGGUAUAAUUUGUUGCAAAUAUGUGUAGGAGCAAAUAAUGUUGAAUUAGUUAGAUGGCUUUUACAAAGACAUAAUGCAAAUGAUAUAAACAGAUGUCCUUGUAGCCUUCCAUUACAUAUAGCAUGCCUUAAAGGUUAUGACGAAUGUGUCGAACUAUUACUAAAACAUGGGGCCAAGGUUGAUGUGGAAGCUCGCAUGUGCUGGCCAGGGCCCCAUAGUAGUAAUUGUGAAGAGAGGGGAAAAUAUUCAAGCAAUAUUCAACAAGAUGAAAAUUGUAUAGAAAGGGAUAGAGACAGGACACCCAGUAAGCUGCAGUCUGCCAUUUAUUACGCCCUUGAUGGAGAUCAAGUAAAUAUUCUAACAAUGUUAGCUCAACGAAGUGAAGAUCCCUGGAAUGGAAUAUUUCGAAGUAGAAAGCCUUUAUUACAUUCUGCAUGUGAAAGAGGUGCAUGGAGAUGCACACAAUUUUUAGUUACAGUUAGAGCAGAUGAAAUUCACAUUCUUAAAGACGAGUAUUAUCCAAUUCACCAUGCAGUACUACAUGACAGUAAAUUUUUAGAAUUAUUAAUAAGUGCAGGUGCAGAUACAACAGUACGGACAUGUACACAGCAAAUGACUCUCUUGCAUGUAGUUCUUUUAGUUGCACAUAAAUCUGCCGAAGACACGAUAUCCACCAUACGAAUCCUGUUAGAUCACGGUUGCAAAGAAUUAAUUAAUACUCCAGACACCUUGGGUAAUACCCCAUUGCAUGCACUAAUAGUUCGUUACGCACUUGAAGAGGCGAGAUACGGCUAUGAAAAGUGGAAUAAAUGGGAUGUGCUGCACCUUGUGCGAUAUUUGAUACAAUCAGGAGCACGACAAUCUAUAAAUCACGCGGGAAAUUCGGCGCUAGCGUGUGUGCUGAGGCACGUAAGGGAUUGGGACACAUGUUACGAGCUUCUGAACAUGUUACUGCAUGAAGGAGGAGAACCUAAUAUGGUCGGUCGCGAUGGAUCGGUCCCAAUUAUGAUUUGUUUAGUACCACUCAUCAAUAAGGACCCGCUGCAUCAUUUUACACACAAUAUGAAGGUUUGCUAUUUAAACUGCAUAAGAAUACUUUUGAAGUAUGGAGCGAACCCGAAUUGUAGCUACAGACUUAUAAACUUGACGCCGUUGCACGUUCUGGUAUUUACAGUGUCGGAAAAUAUUACACUUAACUGUGACGUUCAAAAGCAGUUGAAUUUCGAAUUCAUUCAGAAUCUUUUAAUAUUGCUGCUCACCCAUGGUCUCGACCCGAACGUUCGAGUUAGCAGCAGAACACAGCACAUCUUGCAGUCGUGCAUGGACAUGAUACAGAACGUUCGCGAUUGCAAAGACAUCCAUUAUGUGUACGAUUUGACCCUUACACUUAUUCAGUAUGGUGCCAAUCCCGAUCUGAGUCUCAACAUGUCAGAAGCAAUCAAUAAAUACUCGUUACAACGGUCCCAAUCAUUAUGGAAGACCAAAAAUUACAUCCUCUACUAUUACAUUAUGUUGGUAUCGCGGAAAGAGAACAUUAUCACAGAUCCUAAUAUGUCAUUCGCCAAAAUAAUUAUGCUUUUCUACCUUGUAAUGCAACAUAAACCGCUAUUCGAAUGCCUGAAAAUUUUGCACACCCAACAGCUCAGUUUGGUACCAGGGAAGACCACGGAACCCUUGACCUUUAUCAUUCGAGACCUGUUCAAAAGACCAAGAACUUUGAAACAGAUAUGUCGAGUGAAAAUACACAACUGUCUGGGCCGUCGUCCGGGACUCUAUAUAAACAAGCUGAACCUCCCUAAUCCUCUCAAAGACUACCUUUUAAAUUUUGAACCAUGAAUUGUAAAUAAUUUUUGUUUAAAGUACAAAGUUACACGUAUGUUAAAAUU